AUGGAGUCAGCCGUAGAGCAGCACGCCCGUGUUCAGAGCCCACCGAGGACGGAUAACGUAGAACAACUGCAGAAAGGGACAGAAACGAGCCGUGCCGGUGAUUACGAGCAGCUCGUCGAUCUGCUGAUGAGUGCGCCAGCGCCGACUACGGCGAGACUUCGAGUAAGCGACCUCAGGCGGGUCUUAGGCUGCUGCCGUACCGGGGAUCUGCUUAGGGAGUACGUGGAGAGCUCCGAAGCCGAAGGCAGGGACACGCUGUCCUUGCGGGAGUGUCAGGAUGCUUACCGUACCGGCAAGUACCUCGAAACGAGGCCCUGGAUGCUCCACGCCCUGCGAUUCUCGACCAUACUCGUCGUUGGAAGACGCCGUCGGCAAGACGCGAUCCUGAAGCGCGUUGGGAGUCUCUCCGUGGAGGCGGAAACAGCGGGACCCAAUGAUCAGUUGAUCAGAGUGAACAUGUGCUCGACGGCUUGCGGCAUCGUCACGCACUUUCCCUUUUUCAUCUUGAUCGUCUCGCUGGUGCAGGUUGCCACGUUCGUAUAUCACUGUGCUCUUCCUUCCUGCUCCGAAUCCAACAAGGACCGCCAGCUCUGCCAACUACCCUGCAACACCUCUCUCAUCUUCAACCCACGCAAGCGGCGAGAGUUGUGGCGGUUCCUCACUUACUCGCUGGUACACGACGGUUUCCUGCACCUCGGCAGCAACGUGCUCCUCCAGAUCGCCUUCGCCUUCCCGCUGGAAGUGGUCCACUCGUGGUGGCCGAUAAUGCUCGUAUACGUCAGCGGGCUGCUCUGCGGUCCGCUAGCGCAGUCGCUGAUGAACCCCGACGCCUUCAUUGCUGGUUCGUCGAGCGGGGUGUACUCCCUCCAGACGGCGCACUUGGCGCACGUCCUAACCAACAUACGCGACAUGGAACUGGUCGGGCUCAGAAUAGCCAUGCUGCUUCUCGUUUACUUGAACGACCUGUACUCGAUUGUGCGGGGCCCCCAGGACCGCCAUGGUCAGCUUUUAAGCUACGCCGGUCACUACGGUGGUGCCCUGGCUGGUCUAGUAGUAGGGCUUCCGGUGCUCAACUCUGCGCAACGCGAGCGUCCCUGUUUGUGACGCAGAUAUUGACAAUAAACUUCCUUA